AUGACUGCGUUUACUUCUUUGUUUUUUUGGAUAGAUGAGGUGAAAGGUGACCGGUCAGCUGAGGUGGUUGAUUGGUCUGCUCAGGUAGAAGGUGACCGGUCAGCUGAGGUGGUUGCUCGGUCCGCUGAGGUGGAGGGUGACCGGUCUGCCGAGGUGGUUGACCCGUCAGCUGAGGUAGAAGGUGACCGGUCAGCUGAGGUGGUUGCUCGGUCCGCUGAGGUGGAGGGUGACCGGUCCGCCGAGGUGGUUGACCGGUCAGCUGAGGUAGAAGGUGACCGGUCAGCUGAGGUGGUUGCUCGGUCCACUGAGGUGGAGGGUGACCGAGCCGCCGAGGUGGUUGACCGGUCCGCUGAGGUGGAGGGUGACCGGUCCACUGGGGUGGAAGGUGACCGGUCCGCUGGGGUGGAAGGUGAGCGGUCGGCUGAAGAGGAAGGUGACCGGUCAGCUGAGGUGGAAGGUGAGCGGUCAGCUGAAGAGGAAGACAAUACUUGA